CCCUAAAAAAAUAUUAAAAAAAUCCUGAGCCGAGUGCGAGUAAAGAGACCCUAAAACCCAAACCGAAAAUCCCUAACCCUAAAAAACAAUGGCCAAAGAUAAACACGCAUCCAAACGGUCCCGAGACCGUGACGGCAGGCACCACCGUGACUCCGAUCGCCACCACGACGACCGCGACUCCUACCGCCGAUCGGACCAUAGAUCUUCCGCAUCACGCCGUGACGAGCGCGAGAGAUCCUUCGAGAGGGAGGAUUCGAGAGAUAGGAAGCACCGUGAGGAUUCAUAUGAAGAAGUUGAAGCGAAGAAAAAGAGGAAGGAGAGAGAAGAGAGUGAGGAGAGAGGGGAGAAGAGGAGUAGACUUGGAGAAGAAAACAGAAGGGAAAAGAGAGAGAGGAGGAGGUUUGGGGAUAAGGCUAAAGAAGACGAUGAAAUUGAGUUAUCCAAUGGCGCCAAUGGUGGUGAUCCAGUUCACAAUGGUGCUGCUCAGGCAUCAUUGCCGAAGACUGAUCACCAUCCUCCUACCAAGGUAUCUUCAAUUUCUACUGCUGAAAAUAAAGCAUAUAGUGUUACCGGAUCUCAUGAGGUUACUGGAUCUAGUACAGAUGUCUCUUCAUCUACUGGGAAAAGUGCAAAUUUCUCUCUUGAUGCUUUAGCCAAAGCAAAAAAGGCUUUACAAAUGCAGAAAGAAUUAGCCGAGAAAAUGAAGAAGAUACCCGCCUUGAACAAAGGCCCUAGCUCAAGUUCAGUAGUGACUAGUGGAACAGUUCAGGGACAAGUCUCAUCAGCCUCUCCUGCCUCUGCACCUAUUGCUUCUUCAAUGCCACCUACUACCGGCAUGGCUGCUGUUCCGGGCCUUGCAUCAAUACCCAAUUUAGAAGCUGUUAAGCGUGCUCAAGAGCUGGCUGCUAAGAUGGGAUUCCGCCAUGACCCUCAGUUUGCUCCUCUAAUAAACUUGUUUCCUGGACAGGUGCAAGUAGAUGUUCCAGUUCCUCAGAAACCUACCAAGGCACCUGUUCUACGUGUUGAUGCACUUGGUAGGGAAAUUGAUGAACAUGGUAAUAUCAUAAACGUGACUAAACCAAGUAAUCUUAGCACCCUCAAGGUCAACAUUAACAAGCAAAAGAAAGAUGCAUUCCAGAUCCUUAAACCUGAGCUGGAGGUGGAUCUGGAAGAUAAUCCACAUUUUGAUGCGCGGAUGGGAAUCGAUAAGAAUAAACUUAUUAGACCAAAAAGGAUGACUUUUCAGUUUGUAGAGGAAGGAAAAUGGUCAAAGGAUGCAGAGAUCAUCAAAUUGAAGAGUCAAUUUGGAGAAGCAAAAGCAAAAGAGCUAAAAGCAAAGCAAGCACAAUUGGCAAAGGUGAAGGCUGAUAUAAAUCCCAAUUUAAUUGAGGUGUCGGAAAGAAUUAUAAAGAAGGAGAAACCAAAAGACCCGAUUCCUGAAGUAGAGUGGUGGGAUUUGCCUAUUCUGGUCUUGGGCUCCUACGAUGACAUUGCUGAUGGUGUGCUAAGUGAAGAUAAACUGAAGAAGGAGAAGAUCACGAUUUAUGUUGAGCAUCCUCGUCCAAUUGAGCCCCCUGCUGAGCCAGCUCCGCCACCACCUCAGCCCCUGAAGCUAACCAAGAAGGAGCAGAAGAAACUUCGGACUCAGAGACGUCUGGCCCGGGAAAAGGAUAAACAGGAGAUGAUCAGACAAGGCCUGAUAGAACCUCCGAAGCCGAAAGUUAAGUUGAGCAAUUUAAUGAAAGUUUUAGGCUCUGAAGCUACCCAAGAUCCAACUAAGCUUGAAAUGGAAAUCCGAAGUGCUGCUGCUGUGCGGGAACAGGCUCAUGUUGAUAGAAACAUUGCUCGCAAGCUUACCCCUGCUGAGCGCCGUGAAAAGAAAGAGAGAAAGCUUUUUGACGACCCAAGUACGGUGGAGACAAUCGUUUCGGUUUACAGGAUCAAUGACCUCUCACAUCCCAAGACCCGCUUCAAAGUUGAUGUUAAUGCCCAAGAAAACCGUUUGACUGGUUGUGCAGUGAUCUCCGAGGGCAUUAGUCUUGUAGUCGUGGAAGGUGGAAGCAAAUCCAUUAAGAGGUACGGGAAGCUUAUGCUUCGACGAAUCAAUUGGGCUGAAUCUGUAAACGAGAACGAAGACGGAAAUGAAGAUGAAGAUAAACCGCCUAACAAGUGUGUGCUAGUUUGGCAAGGUAGUGUUGCGAAAUCAAGUUUCAGCAGGUUCUCAGUUCACGAGUGCAUCACCGAAGCAGCUGCGAGAAAGGUAUUUGCAGAUGCCGGUGUCGGCCAUUACUGGGACCUUGUGGUUAAUUUUUCUGAGAAUGAUUUUUGAUCUUCUUAGAGAAAGAAUGUCAAGUUGAACGGAAAGAGUUCGGAUUUUCUCUAAUCAUAUGAAUUGUUGGUAUUAAGAACUACUUCAUCGAAGCCCCUUUGUUUGAUCAUCGUUCUGAAUCACUUCGACUCCUGUUUAUUGAAUGGUCGGAUUUAGGUCGAAUUUAAGUAUCGUAUUAUCAAUAGUUUUGGCUAAAUCGCCAGUUCUACAUGUAACAACAAUGGUCCAUAGACUUCAAAUAUUAUAAUUACUCUUCCGACUA